CUUAUGUCUUUUCUUCUUCGGUGCCAUCUCUCUUCUUAAUUAGAUUCUUCAAAGUUUCAUUCAUUUGGCUUAUGCAGAAAAGUAGACCCAUGUGCAUGUGCUCAAGAACAUCAACUGUGAGGCGCCGUAAAAUGUUCUAGGAUCAUUAAAAAGCUAGCUGAGAUGGAUACAAGCAUCCUCAGGCCUGGAGAAAGAGAAUUCUCAAAUGGUGAUGUAUAUUCUGGUGAAUUUAAAGGAUCACUUCCUCAUGGGAAGGGAAAGUAUGAAUGGUCAGAUGGAACUAUCUACCAAGGAGACUGGUAUGAAGGAAAAAUCUCUGGUAAAGGGAAGCUUGUGUGGCCAUCUGGAGCUAAGUAUGAAGGAGAUUUCUCUGGUGGAUACCUCCAUGGUAUUGGCACCAUGACUUCACCUGAUGGAUCUGUUUAUAGUGGAGCAUGGAGGAUGAAUGUAAGACAUGGACUUGGGAGAAAAGAGUAUGUUAACUCAGAUCUUUAUGAUGGUUCAUGGAGAGAAGGGCUACAAGAAGGGAGUGGUAGCUAUUCAUGGACCAAUGGGAAUAGGUACAUAGGUAACUGGAAGAACGGUAAAAUGAGUGGGAGAGGAGUCAUGAGAUGGGCUAAUGGUGAUCUUUUCGAUGGGUUUUGGUUGAAUGGGUUUAGACAUGGCUCUGGAGUUUAUAAGUAUGUUGAUGGAUGUUUAUACUAUGGAGCCUGGUCUCAUGGACUCAAAGAUGGUAAAGGAGUGUUUUAUCCUGCUGGAAGUAAACAUCCAUCUCUCAAGAAGUGGUGCCGCUCUCUUGAGUAUGAUGACACUGGGAAGUUUGUGCUUUCUCGUAGCUCAUCAAUAAACGUUGAGGAGCUAAGGAGUUUGAGUACUGUGACGCCAAGCCUUUCAGUGAAAACUUCGGUUAGUGGAACGUCUAAAACAUUGUCUGAGAGGUUUAGAGAUGAAAAUUUGAGGAACUCUGAUCCUCCUCCAUGUGACUUCACAUGUCAUGGGCCAUCAACUAAGUCUGCACGGUCUAAUGGCUCAGGCCAGAGAGAGGGUCAGGACAAGAACCGUGUUGUUUAUGAAAGGGAAUACAUGCAAGGAGUUUUGAUUAGAGAAACUAUUACAAGUUCUGUUGACAGGUCACACAAGAUUAGACCUCCAAAUGUGCCUAAACAAGUCAAGUCUAGGAGUUUCAUGACGUUUAUUACAGGGGAGCAUAAUUAUUAUCUAAUGCUAAAUCUCCAACUUGGUAUCAGGUAUACUGUUGGAAAAAUAACACCAGUGCCUAGGCGAGAAGUACGUGCUUCUGACUUUGGUGAGAAGGCAAGAACAGUUGUGUACUUCCCUAGAGACGGCUCCAAUUUUACACCUCCGCACAAAUCUAUAGACUUUUCUUGGAAAGACUAUUGUCCUAUGGUUUUCAGGAAUUUGAGGGAAAUGUUCAAGUUAGAUGCUGCAGAAUACAUGAUGUCUAUAUGUGGUGAUGAUGGCCUGACAGAGAUUUGUUCUCCUGGGAAAAGUGGCAGUAUCUUCUAUCUUUCUCAUGAUAACAGAUUUGUGAUCAAGACAUUAAAAAAAUCUGAGUUGAAGGUACUACUUAAAAUGUUGCCUAAGUACUAUGGACAUGUAGGGGACCAUGAAAACACACUUAUAACCAAAUUUUUUGGAGUUCACAGAAUAAAACUCAAGUUGGGGAAGAAGGUACGCUUUGUGGUCAUGGGAAAUAUGUUUUGCACAGAGUUGAAGAUCCAUCGUCGAUAUGAUCUUAAAGGAUCAACACAAGGAAGAAUCACUGAAAAGAUUAAAAUCCAAGAAAAGACCACCUUGAAAGAUCUUGAUUUAGCUUAUGAGUUUCAUAUGGACAAGCUGUUAAGGGAGGCCCUGUUCAAGCAAAUAUACUUAGACUGCGCGUUCUUGGAAUCUCUUCACAUCAUCGACUAUAGUCUUUUACUAGGAGUACACUUCAGAGCUCCAGGACAGCUUAAUGAUAUCCUUGAGACUCCUAACGUAAUGUCAGAUCAAGAUAGUGUUUCUUCUGUAGACGUUGGUAUGGCUCAAGAACUAUCUAUACCUCCAAAAGGGUUGCUACUGGUUACUCAUGAACCCAAUUCAGUGAACACUGCUCCAGGUCCUCACAUCAGAGGAAGCACACUCAGAGCAUUUUCAGUUGGAGAGAAGGAAGUUGACCUUAUUCUCCCCGGAACAGCAAGGCUUCGGGUGCAAUUAGGAGUGAACAUGCCGGCUCAAGCUCAUCACAAACUUGUUGAGGAUAAGGAAGAGUCUGCGACUAUUGAACUCUUUGAAGUAUAUGAUGUGGUCGUAUACAUGGGAAUCAUAGACAUUCUACAGGAAUAUAACACCAAGAAGAAAGUGGAGCAUAAAUGCAAGUCUUUGCGGUAUGAUCCCAUCACAAUAUCUGUGACAGAACCUAAGGUUUACUCAAAACGAUUUGUCGAUUUUCUACAUAAGGUGUUUCCAGAAGAAUGAUAAGAGAUCAACAUAAUCAUUUGUUUCCUAUUAGAUUAUCUAGUUUGCUGUCAAAACUUUAUAAACAUCCUUUACGUACCUUGACAUUUAAAAAAUCACAGUGCAUGUGUUUUGUAAUUUUUCAUGAGGAAAUUUAUUGUAUUAUCAGUGUGCUUAACAAGAAGCAACCAACA